GAAGCCCCAAAAUCCAAGCCAAAUCGCAUUCCCUCAAUCUGAUCUCCCAUCUCAACCAAGAGAUUCGUCUCCAUCAUGGAGGCUUCAGCCCAAGCCCAAGCCUCGCCGCCGGCGCAAAAUCUCCCCCCUCGAACCCCCCUCCCGGCAAGACAAGGGGAAUAUCCCGACAGAUCAUUCGUCAACAUGGUCCUGAUCAACGUCACUGGAGAUCAAGGAGCCGAAGCACAGCUGCAGCGUAAGGCCUCCGGCAAGGGCUACGUGAUUCUUCUCGCGGUCAAUUACUUGUUCCUCUUUGUGGGUUCGGUUUCCGCCAGUUUGCUUUCCAAGUUCUACUUCAAUCACAAGGGUUCCAGCCGAUGGCUCUGCACCUUUGUCCAGUCCGCCGGUUUUCCUCUCCUUAUUCCGGUCGUUUAUCUUCCUUUCUAUCUAUUCAAGUGCACUCAGCGUCGCCCUUUUGCCGGCUUCAAUUCUCACCUCCUGAUUUUCUCAAUCACCAUAGGCUUCUUGCUGGGCAUUAACAACCUUCUAUUCUCUUGGGGAACUUCGUAUUUGCCUGUUUCGACCUCUUCUCUUUUACUAUCUUCCCAGUUGGCUUUCAAUCUGAUUCUCUCCGUGAUCAUCGUGAAGACGAAAGUGACAUUUCAGAACCUGAAUUGCGUAAUUCUUCUGACGCUUGGCUCGGUUUUGUUAGCCCUGGGCUCGAACCACGACCGACCGGCCGGGUUAAGCAAGGCAAAGUACUUCAUCGGGUUCUUCUCGACAGUCGGAGCGGGGUUGAUGUUCGCGCUGUAUUUGCCGGUGAUGGAGAUGAUCUACAAGAAGGUGUACUGCUACGCCAUGGUGGUGGAAAUGCAGCUUGUGAUGGAGGUGGCGGCGACGGGGCUGGCCGCAGCGGGGAUGGCGGCGGACGGCGGGUUCAUGGAAAUAAGGAGGGAGAGCCGGAUACGGUUUGAUUUGGGUCCGGGGGCGUACUGGUGGACGGUGGCGGGGAAUUUGGUGACGUGGCAGCUGUGCUUCCUAGGCACGGCGGGGAUGGUGUUUCUGACGACGUCGGUGACCAGCGGGAUCUGCAUGACGGCGCUGAUGGGAAUGAAUGUUAUCGCCGGCGUCUUGGUGUUCGGCGACGAGUUUGGCGGCUUGAAGGUGGUGUCGACGUUGCUUUGUGGGUGGGGAUUUUGUUCGUAUGUUUAUGGUAUGUAUGCGAAGAUGAAGAAAGAGAAAGAGCAGGCCGAGAGCAAAGUCAAAUCCAAUGGUGGCGGCCAUGUUCAUGAUCAGGAUCAUCAAUCCAUGGACAUGACUCAGAAUCUUACAGCCAGCGGGGUCUGAUCCUUGGGAUUCAACGAUAAUGGAGAUGAUCAUCAUCCUCGAUUUGACUACCGCCUCAAGACUAUAUAUAGAUCAUAUUAAUUAUGUAGCUAGAUAUAUAGCUAGUUCUGCAACUCUCUCUCUCUCUCUGUCUCUGUCUCUCUCUCUCUCUCUUUCUCUCUCUCAGAGUAAUGAAGUGAAGCAAAUUAAACGGCACUGGGACAAUUAAGAAAUGUCUGUAAAUUUGGUUUGGGUGCAUAUCUUCUCUAGCUAGCAAGCUGAUUAUAGUGUAAUGAUCGAUGAACGGGGCAUGUGGGCAAAGUAAUUAGGCACGAACGAUCGAACAUUUAUUUGUUCUGGUCGCUGAUAUACUCUCUUAUUACAUGCAAGGCGCGGUUGAUGACAUCCACGGAAUCCAUUGAAGGCUGAAUUUCAGAUCAUCGAU